GUUCAGAAUAUCUGAAGUUUCAUUCCCUUCGUUCACCUUUUGUUUUGUCGACCUCUAACAAGAUGCUGCAAAGGUGUUUUACAGGUGUUUUACUGCUCUCUGUUCUCCUUGCCAUUUCUUUGGCAGCUCCUGUUGCUGACAAGCCUUCAGAUGACGACAGAACUGACGACCUGCUAAAACACUUCAACGCACCAGCAACAGCUGAACCGACAACAGCACAACCAGAUUCUGGAGAACGAACUGACGCUCCCACAGACUCAUCAGAUCAAAAUGGUUCAGAUGGUGCAGUUGAAACUGAUGGAACUGAUGGAACUGACGAAACUGAAGGAACUGAGGAAACUGAGGGAGCUGAGGGAACUGAGGACCCUGACGACCCUGAGGCCGCUGACGAUGUAACCUCUGACUACCAGGACAAUGGAGAAGAGGAAAAUUUGGAUGACGAAGAACAAAACGAGCAGGACACCGCUGAAUCUGAGACAACUGAUGAUGACAGUGAUGCUGCAGAAGACUCUGAAGAUGGUGGAGAUUCCCCUGAAGUAGCAGAAGAAUCAGAUGUUGCAGAAGCAGAUGAGGAAUCAGAGACGGAAUCAGAUAACUCUGAGCCUGAUGAAGAUUCAGACAGUGUGGAGAAAAAUGACAGUAAUGAUGCUGAAUCGGAUACAGACAGUACGGAGACAAACAACAGUAAUGAUGCUGAGUCAGAUACCGACAGUAAGGAGACAAACAGUGAUAACGCUGAUUCAGAUACCGACAGUAAGGAGACAAACAACAGUAAGGACGCUGAUUCAGAUGAUGAGGAUGACGACGAUACUUCUGACAAUGGUUCUGAUGAGUCUAAAAAUGAGUCUACCAGCAACAGUUCAGAGUCAAAAAGUGAUGAAGAAAAUGGAAGCGAUGAAGAUGAGGAAGAAGAUGAUGCUAAUGAUGACUCGUCAGACAAGAACGAAGAGGACAAAGAGGACGAAGAGGACGCAGAGGAGGUAGACGUCGAAGAGGUCGAAGGGGACAUGGAGGACGAAUCAGAGCAGGAAGCUGAACAAAUGCCCACAGAGGAAGAGAAGGACGCCGACAGUCAAACAUCUGAUGACAGUACCGGCACCGAAACCACAGAUGAGGGGGAUGGCAACCAGAGCAACAGUAAUGAUGCUGUAGCAUCAACCCAGGACACAGAUGACACCAUGAAUGAAGGAAACGCAGGGAAUGACAGCUCUGACCCAGACAAGACAGAUGACGUCCCAAGUUCAGAUACUACUGACACCAGUACUGACAGCACACCUGACGCUCAGGAUAAUGGUGGCACUGCCAGUAAUUCAGACUCUCCUGCUAGUACUAAUAAUGAUGAGACUCCAGACUCUUCAAACGCUCAAGGGACAGCCUCUGAUGACACCACCGUUGCCAGCGCACCAGCGAGUUAGAUAAUCUUCCUUUGAAAUGUGGAACCUCGGCCCACCUCCAGAGCCUCCACGGUGGAAUAAAGUUGCCAUGGCAACAACAAGCUAAACUACAACUAAACUGUGUUGUAAAUCCCAACAUUGAGCUUCCUGUGUUCAUCUCGUUUUCCUCCCACUGAUCUUAAAUAAAGCUGUUUACUGUCUGUUUUACUGCUGACCUGAGAUUUGCUCUGUGUGCGUCUGUGCUCACACUUUAUCCUUUAUGUACAUACAGUCCAUCGUUUACUUUAUUACAUUAAUGACACAUUGGGAAUGAAAGAAUCCAGUGAUUGUCUGUACACAAAGAAAGUGCUAAUAAAGUUUGAACUGUCAGAACUGA